GCAAGCUCUCUUUGCAUUCAAAAUCUCUCAGACGCUCGUUGCUCCUGCAUACGGGCUUCACCGCUGAAGCAAAGGAGCAGCGUUCGUCUCCCGUCUCCUGUGAACGUGCCUGCUGCCGUAGGCUGCGCUUGCAUCACCGGCGAGCGAGAAAUAAGCGCGCGCCAAGAGCUGGCCAGCCAAGAGCAGCUUGCUGCGUCACGCGACGCGCAGCAACUAGGCCCCGCCAAGCCACACACAGCCACAGAUAGCAGCCAUGGCCAGCAUCUCCAUCGUCGUCCGCGACGCCGACGGUACUACAGUAGAGACGUGCCACGACAGCGCCGCGGACAAGGAAUUUGCAAAAGGCGGCUACAGCGGCGCGCGCCGGGCCUUCGCGGCCAAGAAGUUCGACAAGAACGUUAAAUUAGCGGACGGCCACACGCUCGUGUUGCUCGUCGACGGCGUCGCGAAGCUGACGCACCCCGAACAAAAAAAGGGCAAGAAGCGCGCCGCCGGCGGCACGCCGCGCGCGCCGAAGCCCGCCGCCAAAAAGGCCGCGACGGCCGAGAAGCCCAAGCCGAGCGAGGCGGGCUGGACGCCGCCCGCCUCAACUGACGAAGCUGCGUCGAGCCCGCCCAAAAAAACCUGCACGCCGUCGAUGCUGUUGAGCAUGAAGAUGAAGAGCGGCAAGCCGCCCGUGGAAAUGGAGCGGGAGGUCCACUCGCCGCAGGUGAAGCCCCGGAAGAAGAAGCGCGUCGUCGUGGAGGAGUCCGACGACGAGUCGCUGCCUGAACAAAAGCGGACGGACGAGGACUCGGAGGAGGAAAUGGACUUCGACGCCCCAGAGAAGGAGGAAGAAGUGGAAGAAGUGGUGGAGACGGCGGAGGCGCCCGCGCUGUCCACGGCGGGCGGCGCGGCGCGGGCGUGGUCGGCCUUCUCCGAGAAGACGACGAAGCCUGAUGAAGGCGACGCCAAAGGCGAUCAGUGGAACAAGGUCGACGAGGACGACGACGGGUGUGCGGUCGUCAACGUCGUGCAGGCCCUGAGUCCGAAGGCACUGGCGCAGAAGUUCGACGCGGCCGGGCUACUGUUACUGGAAAGUUCGAAGUGGAUUCUGUCAAGAGAAGCCCUGAAGAGUUUGAAAGAUGCCAUUUCGGCACGGUACGCUUCAAAACUCGCCGAGGCGCAAGAAGAGGGCCUCGUGACGAAGAAGCGCAAAGACUUGUUGAAGGACGCCGAGACCGAGACCUUGGCGGGCUUCAACCAGCGACCGGGCGGGCGCGUGGACAUGGUGCUCGACGAUUUACAAGCUGUUCAGGGGUUUGACUGGCCCUGGGCUCCUGCUGUGAAAGCUAUUCUGGGUCCUUCCUCGUCCCUGAACUACGUGGGGUGUGUGGUCGCGCGGCCGGGCGACGCGACGCAGAACUGGCACAUCGACGGCGUUCAUAGUGUGGAGGAGUACCACGCUCGAGCGGACCGGGUGAUCGUGUUUUGUCCUUUGACGGACCUGACGGAGAAGACGGGGUGCACGGAGUUCAUCCCGACGUCCCACUACAAGUCUAGAGGAAAAUACAAGUUCGAGCAAGUGGCGUCGAUGCCGCGCGCGAGACAUUACCUCCAUGCGGGCACGCCCGUCGUCAUGGACUACCGGCUGUGGCACCGCGGCCUGCCGAACACUGGGGAGACUGAUAGAUACCUGCUCUACACGGUCUUCCAGAAGGCCGAGACCAAAAAGGCCAUGGAGCUCACGGGCGGGUCGAAGGUCGCGCUAUCCAAGGGCGUCGACGGGUCGCGGGCGUGGUAGGUUAGUCUUCCCCUGCUAAGUCGCUUUUAUCGAA